CUCUUCUCUUAUAAGGUUUUUCUCCCCUUGUUUAUCGAAAAAAAUCCAAAAAUGGAUCGUGUCCGAAAAUCAGAUUUCUUUUCCAUUGUUCUUGUUCUGUGUUUUGUCCUCAACAGCUUACUCUGUAAUGGAGGCGUCACCAGUAGAUAUGUCAGAAAAUUAGAAGCAACCAUUGAUAUGCCUCUUGAUAGCGAUGUUUUUCGUGUUCCUUGUGGCUAUAAUGCUCCUCAACAGGUGCAUAUAACACAAGGAGAUGUAGAAGGGAAGGCAGUGAUAGUAUCAUGGGUUACACAAGAAGCUAAAGGAUCUAACAAAGUCAUUUACUGGAAAGAUAAUAGCUCUAAAAAGCAUAAAGCUCAUGGCAAAACCAAUACUUACAAGUUCUACAAUUAUACUUCUGGUUAUAUCCAUCAUUGCCCCAUCAGAAACUUAGAGUAUGACACCAAGUACUAUUAUGUAGUAGGUGUGGGACAAACAGAGCGUAUGUUUUGGUUCUUCACUCCUCCUGAGAUUGGUCCUGAUGUUCCCUACACUUUUGGUCUCAUUGGGGAUCUUGGGCAGAGUUAUGACUCAAACAUAACCUUGACACAUUAUGAGAAUAACCCAACAAAAGGGCAAGCGGUUUUGUUUGUUGGCGAUAUCUCAUACGCUGAUACUUAUCCGGAUCAUGACAAUAGGAGAUGGGACAGUUGGGGAAGAUUUGCUGAAAGAAGCACAGCAUAUCAGCCUUGGAUUUGGACUACCGGAAACCAUGAACUCGAUUUUGCCCCCGAGAUCGGGGAAAACAGACCGUUUAAGCCAUUCACGCAUAGGUACCGUACUCCUUAUCGGUCAUCAGGCAGCACAGAACCAUUCUGGUACUCGAUUAAGAGAGGAUCGGCUUACAUAAUCGUGCUAGCUUCAUAUUCAGCAUAUGGAAAAUACACUCCACAAUACCAAUGGCUCGAAGAGGAGUUCCCAAAAGUUAACAGGACGGAAACUCCAUGGUUGAUUGUUCUGAUGCAUUCACCGUGGUACAACAGCUAUGAUUAUCAUUACAUGGAAGGUGAAACCAUGAGAGUGAUGUAUGAGGCGUGGUUUGUCAAGUACAAAGUAGAUGUAGUUUUUGCAGGUCAUGUCCAUGCCUACGAAAGAUCGGAACGUGUAUCAAACAUAGCUUACAAUGUUGUUAACGGCAUUUGCACUCCAGUCAAAGAUCAAUCAGCUCCAGUCUACAUCACCAUUGGUGAUGGAGGCAAUAUUGAGGGAUUGGCCACCAAAAUGACUGAGCCUCAGCCUAAGUACUCUGCCUACAGAGAAGCAAGCUUCGGGCAUGCGAUAUUCUCGAUAAAGAACAGGACGCACGCUCGCUAUGGAUGGCACAGGAACCAUGAUGGUUACGCGGUGGAGGGUGACAGAAUGUGGUUUUUCAACAGAUUCUGGCAUCCUAUUGAUGAUUCUCCUUCAUGUAAUUCUUGAGAAUCUAUAAGAAUAUAAUUUGUUGUAUCUCUAUGAUUGAAUAACAAUGAAUAAAUGCAUUGUGAGUGA